AUGGACGACGCCGCUGCUGAAAUUCCGAAGCACUCUUCUUCUUCUUCCCGCCCUCAAUCCAGUCGGAGACGAGAGAAAAAGGAUGGAAGUCGCUCGAGCAGUCGAUCCAAAAAAAGUUCGAGAAUCAAAUCAACGAAUGAUGUCUAUUCUGAGAUGGACAAUAAGCCCAAGCACUCUGCUUCCUCCCGUCAAUCUGAUCGGUCUAGAGAACGACAUGGUUCGAAAAGACCUGGAAAGGACGAAGAAGGCAGCACUGAAUCUCGCGAACACCGUGCCAGUCGUCGUGAAAAAGAGGAUCGAGAUGCCAAACAAAGAGCACGCUCUUCUCGAAGUUUGGCCUCUGGGAGUCGCUCUUCCCAAAGUUUAGUACCUGGGGCUCAAGCCUCGACGGAUGAGCAUAAAUCCAGCAGAAAGUCUCGCUCUGGUACUUCUCGUUCUGCCUCUUCUCGUUCUGUGAAUCGAGAUGAAAAGGCAGCCUAUAGGAACAGAACAACCAGUGGCCCUGCUUCCGUUCCUGGAGCUCAAGUGGGUCGUUCUCGUAGACGUGACGAAAAGUCAAACGGACGUCGCAACAAUCGAGCUACCAGACCUGGUGUCGAGUCUGGGUCAUCUUCCAAGGAUCGGAGUAGAUCCAAAGCAAGCAGAAACGCCAAAGCAACCAGGAAAAGUAACGAUGGAGACAUUGUUGUUGAGAAUAAUGACGGGGAGGCAGUCGUUGCGGCCUUGUUGGUUGAAGAAGAAGAUGCAGGCGAGAAGAAAGCGAACGAGAUGGCUCAAAUGCGUCAAGAGAUCGCUGCUGAAGCCGAAAGGCAGCGAGAGAGGAUGGAAGAAGAAAACCGACGUAUCCGAGAAGAAGCGGAGCGCAAGGAAGCCGAACGAGAGCGCAAAGCAAAAAAGCGCAACAAGAUCAUUUGUGCCUUGAUUGUUGUCUUGAUUGGUGGUGGUGUUGGUGCCUUCUUUGCUCUUCAAGGUGGAAGUGGCAAUGCCGAUGCGACUGAGGUGACUCCAGACAUUACCAAGGAAGAAGAAGGAACCCUCGAUCCUGCUCUCAGUCCUUCCGAGUUCCCAUCUGGCAAGCCUUCCAACAGUCCCAGCAUCUUUCGAAAAUAUGACAUUCCAAGCGACGAAGUCUGUCAACGUAUCGCUUCUGGCCUUCCAUUGGAAGAUGAAGAGAAUAUGGAUAUCAAGAGCUUUGAUGUUCUAAUCGAUGUGGGACUGUCCGAUGACAGUGAUAUAAAUGCACUCGCUCCAGAUUUGCAAAACAGUUUUGAGCAAGUCUUGGUGCCAGACCUGAUUGGUUGUCCCCGUGAAGGGUUUUCCGAGCGCCGACUUCAAGAGACUUGGGAGAAUAUUCGAUAUGCGAUUGCCAAGGCAGAGUUAAAUUUUAGCAUAGCCGAAGGCGAAUCUUGUCAAGAUGAUACAGGGUCAAGUACUUGCACUGUCAUGACAGCUACUAUCAUCACUACCGUUCGAGAAGAAGAGAGGAUCUUGAAUCUAAUUGCCAUUCUGAGUACCGUAUUCAGUGCUGGAGAGAAUCUAAAUCCAGUACUUCAACUCCAAGCACCAUUUGAUGCUGUUGUGGUUCGGUUGAUUCGAUCAAUCGACCCAACAGCAGCACCGACAAUUGCUCCAACUGAAAUUGCAAGUGAGAAUCCUACCAGUUUUCCCACAGCUGUGGCUCCAUUGAAGACUCCAACCACCUCUGCGCCUACAAUUGAUGGAACAACGCCUGCACCAACAAAGACCACGACAAAGUCUCCUACAAAGGCGCCCACCCAGGCUCCUACACAAACCCCUCCUCCAACAUUUGCUCCCCAGCCUGGAUUAACUCCGCCGCCAACGCCCCCGCCGACGGCGCCACCAACGCAGGCUCCGACACCAACUCCUCCUCCGACAGUUGCUCCUCAGCCCGGAUUGACUCCGCCGCCGACGCAGACUUCAAGCAUUAGUCCGACCAACAUCCCAUCCGAGGCUCCAAGCGAGCGCCCGACUUCUGCCCGUCCUUCUGUGACUCCUUCGAUGGUGCCAAGUUCCAGUCCUUCGUUGGGGGGCAGCCCAGCGCCUUCACGUAGUCCGACUAGUGGUCCAACCAGCGAUCCCACUAGCAGUCCAACAUCUCCAGCUCCCACUUCCAUCUAUCUAGGUUGCUUUCAAGAUGAUUCUACCUUCGGAGUAAUGGAUACCGCAGUUAAGCACGAGAUUGAUGUCGAGGAAUGCCGCGACUUUUGCAGUAUUAUUGGAUAUGCUUACGCCGCGAUCCACUUUGGAUAUGAAUGCUACUGCGGAAAUGCAUACGACUCCCUUGGAACAGCAAGUAACUGUAACAGCGCGUGCUUCAACUCUGCUGAUCAGUAUUGUGGCGGUGAGAAUUCAAACAGUGUGUACAUGAGUGGUGCAGUUGUGACUUCUCCCGUGCCAGCGUUGGCAAGUGACUUAUACUGUGGGUGUACAGGUGAUUUCAACUAUGAAAUUGUGCGGGAUAUGUCACAUUCGGCUCCCCACACCGGCCUCUCCCAAUCUGCAUGCAUUCAGUACUGCAAGUCUGAGGGAUACAACUUUGCAGGUUUACAGUACGCGAAUGAGUGCUUUUGCGGAGACUCGCCUGGAUCAUAUGGGAUGUCAUUGAAUUGCUUCUUUUUUGAUAACGAUAAGGAUGGCUAUAGAGACUUCUGCAAUGUUGUUGGGAAGGGAGCUUGCCUUGACGGUUCCAAUGAAUGUGAGUGCGGGGGUGUUGAGUCCAAUAUUUUGUUUCGGACGAGCCAAGCGAUCUCUUGUCCCAGUGUCGCGCAGCCUGCGGAUGACUAUAUCGGUUGCAGGAACGACUUAGCAAGCAAUCGUGACUUGGACGUUUUGGGAUCACAUUACUCCUCUGUGGCGGAAUGCAAGGCACUAUGUCUAGACAUCGGUUUCACUUACUUUGGCGUCCAGUAUGGCGAACAGUGCUUCUGUGGCAACUCCUACGGCAAGUAUGGAAUUUCUGAAAAUUGCGACACUCCAUGCACCGCAGUGGAUGAAUCGAAUUGUGGAGGUGAAUAUGCCAAUAGCGCAUAUUUUACUGGGGCAGCUGUUGCUCCAGUAGCAGAUUUGGAAGACAACUUGUACUGUGGAUGCAUGGGGGACAUGGUAGAGCCAAGGGAUUUGGAACAUCAAGCCCCGCACAGUGACCUCGGCCAAAACGCUUGCAUUUACUAUUGCCGUUCCAAAAAUUACGACUUUGCGGGUUUGCAGGAGGGAAAGAAAUGCUUUUGCGGCGACAACGCAGGAACCUACGGGUUGUCGAAUGAUUGUGGUAUGGAGUGCCUUCGUCCAGAAGCUUCAGUUUGCUACGAUGGUAGUUCAUCAUGCACUUGUGGUGGCCCUAGCGGGAGUGAUGUGUUUCGCACUAGCACAGGCGUCUCUUGCCCAGUGUAG